CCGAAGUUGGGCGAGAUCCUGGAGCCCCGUCAGACAAGGAGGGUGAUCCUGCUGACCACGUGGCGCUCGGGAUCCACCUUCCUGGGCGACCUCCUCAACGCGUGGCCGGGGGCAUACUACCACUUCGAGCCCCUCCACUUCCUCGCGGAACGGGAAAUAAUACCUCGACAGCAGGAACCUCUGGCCAUAGGACUGCUCAAGACACUUCUCACCUGCCACUUCGAUCAGCGCAUUGCACCGUACUUGUACUACAUUACCUCGGCUAGGUACAACUUUCUGCAGAAGAAGAACGUGCGUCUGAGCUCACUGUGUCGCGGACGUGGCCUCUGUCAGGACCCCGGCGUCAUGGCCACCGCCUGCGCCUUCCACCCUCUUAAUUUCGCCAAAACUGUCCGACUGAGACUGGCCGCUGUGAAGCCGCUGCUGGAGGUACGCGCUGGGGUGCAGAGUGCUUCUUUCCACGUGUUGAUAUGCCUCUUGAUUACUUCUUUUUACUUAAUUAUGCUUUGUAAGUACUUGUACCGACGUGUUGCUAGCCUACAUCAGGACACCUCGCUAGACGUCCGCGUGGUGCACUUGGUGAGGGACCCGAGGGGCGUGGUCAACUCGCGCCUGAAGAUGCCCUGGUGCUCCGGUAGAACUUGUCGAGACAUGUCUAACGUCUGUCGAGCGGUGAACCAGGAUGCUUACACGGCAGAGGAGUUCAGAGCCAGGUACCCGAGGCAGUACCUCCUGCAGCGGUAUGAGGACCUGGUGGAUGACCCUUAUCGCGAGACACGGAAGAUCUUCGAAUUCCUGGAACUGCCGCUGGUCGAGGACCUGGCGGUGUUCAUCGAGGAACACAUGAACGCCGAGGCUAAGAAGAACGAACGGGGUGAUGACUACACAUACGCGGCGCAGUUCACCACCUACCGCAACUCCAGCACCGUGGCAACCCGAUGGCGCUUCUCCCUCGGGAUGCAGAAGGUGCAGGAGAUCCAGAGCCUUUGCCGCCCCGCCCUUCGCUACUACGGCUACAGGAGCUUCAGUGAGCGGGGUCAGCUCCACAACCUCAACGUCUCGGUUAUCGAAGCUCGCCCGGGGAGGAGCUUCUUGGGCUGAGGGCGGAGAGGAGCUCGGCUGGGGAUGGGUAGUCUAUUUCUUCGGAGACGCAGCGGCCCGUGACACGCCCUCUGUGCUCCUCUGUCACCAGGAUCAAGUCAUCAGCUGUUCUCGAGUCAACAAGCCAGAGGUUGGAUACAAGUUUUCGUCGGAAAGUUAGUUCGCGAUUCGCCGCUUGACGUGCAUGCAACUCGCCAUUUCUAAAAGCAUUCCUUAGGGACACUAAACCACGAGCUAAGUUUCAGUCUCCGUUGUUAAAGGACAUCUAACAGCUGACGUUUUCUAUAAGGUGUUUGGUGACGUAUUCUCGGGGGUAACUUUCCCUUUUUUUCUUCCUCCGAGUUCAGAGAAGUUCAUUAUUCCUCUUUGGAAGAACAGUAAAUAAGGUCAAUAAAUUUUCUUCUAGUUUACAGCCUUGUAUAAUUUUUACCUUUUCGAGAAAAUACAAAAUGCAAAUGACAAACACAACACAGGAAGCUGAACUGUUGUUGUAUCCAAAAGGCAGGCAGCGGUUACAUGACCCAACGGAGGAAUUAAUCUCCUCAAAGCCUUUGCUGUUAAAAAUUUCCAAGGAUCAGAAUAAGAAAGUUGGCAGAGGUUUUAUGUUAGCUUUGUGUCAUGAUAAUAUAUUAGCAAUCUGAGCCAUUGCUUAGGGUAUAUUCUCAUUAUAUUUUAUGUAUAUUUCUCAUUAUUUUUUGUUAGCUUUGUGUCAUGAUAAUAUAUUAACAAUCUGAGCCAUUGCUUAGGGUAUAUUUCU